UCUGCGAAGGAAAAGCAUGGCUAAAAAGUGAAUGAGGCUUGUCUAAGCUGUGGAAUAUGAAAUAAAUGCAACCUUUUUGCGAAAACUAAGUUUGUUGUUCAUCUACAUCUACAUCGAUACUGAGCUGGACCGAGUAUCGGUAUAAUGCUCAGAGUGCAAGAAAUAAUAGAUUAAUGGAUAAAGAGUGCUAGAAGAUGCCACUGAUCAAUGAUAAGAUUGAUUGAACAUGAACAAUAGUUGUAAAAUGGGCUUUAAUUAUUCACGUGCUGUCCAAUUACCCCCAUGUCCUUAAAUAGAUUUCUAGUUAAAAUUGGCAACCUCUUGUGUUGUGAUCUGUGUGGUGUUGGAACCACUGAACUAAAAAAAUUUAAAGAUCAGUGGUUGUGACGCCUGAUCUCGUUCUGAUAACGAGUAAGGCACAACCUCAAGAUGGCGGUGUUCGGUUCCUCGUGCAGAAAAUGUCUGCAAAAUUUAAUUCCUGUUACUCAGCAGUUUCGUGUGCAAACGAAAAAUAUUGUUUCUACUGCAUAUCUUCAAAGGUUAAAGAAAGACUAUAGGAUAAAAGAAGCUCCCAAAAAGAAGCGUUGGAUCGAACCGACCAUAAGAGAAGAUCUGUUGUUUUUAUAUGAUGGCAAAGCUCGCAGUACAUUCCCAUAUCACAAAUUUGAUCUUGCAAUGGAAAUAUUGCGUGCAUGUGCAGUCAAAGACGAAAAUGUUGGUGUUUAUUUGAGACUCAAUCUGAAUGGAAAAGAUAUUACAACAGAAAGCAUUAAAGGACACAUAAUCCUACCCAAACAGUUUAAAGAGAAGAAGCUGCUUGUUUUGGCUGAGGGAGAGCAAGCUGAAGCUGCAAGGGAUGCAGGAGCUGAUUAUGUGUGUGGAAAGGAAGAAUUAUCAGAUGUGGAAGCCGAAGAAUAUGAAUUUGAUUACUGUCUGAGCAGCAUAGAAUUUUUACCUAGAAUACAACAUCUUUCGAAGAUUCUUGGAGACCAAAUGCCAAGUCAGAGCCAGGGCACAGCAACCAAUAACUUGGCAUUUGCUGUUAGGGAAUACAAAAGAGGGCAAAGAUACAAAUGCAUGCGGCAGGGUGCUGUUAGUUUAGACAUUGCAAAGCUUAGUUUUACUGAUGAAGAGGUGGAGGAGAAUCUACAGGCAACAAUUAAUGCAGUUAGAUCUCAUACACCAUUCAAUGUUUCACCAGAAACGUUCAUUAAAAAAGUCUACAUUACAUCUUGUCGUGGACCAGGACUCUUACUUCACAAAAGAGAUUUUCUACGUUCAAAAUAGACUUCGUGUAAAUCAUCAUUGUUAUAAAGUUUAUUGAUCGAGCCCUAACCCUAAUGAAACUUAGUCACUUUUCAAUUAUGCCCUAACGUAAAUACUGACAAAUAGAUGGGUUUUAAGCAUUUUUCUGCCUUCAUUUAAGAAAAAUAAUAUGGAAUUAGGUAGGCUUUUGGUAUCGCAAAAUUUCAAGAUGACACGAAAUCUUACUUCUAUUAUAUGCUGUCGAAAAAUGUUCCGAAAUAUGCUUUGAGUGUUUGAAAAAAUAUAUGCUGUCAAAAAAUGUUCCUUUUUGAUCGUGUAGAUGGUUAUGCAAAUUGUACCCAGUGUAUAAAGAAUCGUUGUCAUAAAACCGAUUGUACUGGGAGAAAUUCGUUAUUGAAACGACCGGUAGA